AUUGAGCAUCUGUUCGUCGCGCAUCUCAAGACUCAAGUCGUGUAAAUUUCUGUUUCAAUAGCAAUAUCAUGUCUCCGUUUUCAUAAUAAGGCCGAAAUAAGUUAUUUUGCAUAUUAAAAUACAAUCAAUGAUGGCAAUGUCCGCAAAUUUUCUUCAUAAAAAACGAGCAGGAGAUGUGAUUAGGAAUUUGAAAGUGCAAACAUUCCGGGGUCGUCGUGUUCUGGUUACAGGUGGAUCAGGGUUCGUUGGUAUUCACCUUGGACGGGCACUGCACCUCCUGGGGGCAAAAGUCACGCUCUUUGACAAGGCCAAGCCACUAGAGGACUAUGACCCGGAUAUCAAGGUUGUUCAGGGUGACAUUAGGGAUCGAGAAGUACUGGAGAAGUUAUGUGAAGGUGUGGACUGUGUGUUUCACAUCGCUUCAUAUGGAAUGUCUGGCAGGGAAAUGCUGAAAUCCUCAGAGUUUAUUGAAAGCAUCAAUGUUGGUGGAACUGAAAACAUCAUAGAAGCUUGUAUCAAGGAGAAUGUGACUAGAUUGGUAUACACAAGUACACACAACGUGGUCUUUGCUGGGCAAGAUAUAGAGAAUGGAGACGAGACGUUGCCUUUACUACCAUUGUCCGCACACAAAGAUGAUUACUCAAGAUCAAAAUCAAUGGCAGAACAGCUAGCAAUGAAAUCAAACGGAAGGCAAACAAAGGAUGGGAGUCUUCUGAAUGUUUGUGUUAUACGACCUGUAGCCAUCUAUGGUGCCGGGGAACAGAGACAUUUCCCAAGGAUAGUGAAAAAUAUGGAGCAAGGUCUAUUAUGUAUGAAGAUAGGUGGUUCCCACAUCAAGGUUCCCUGGGUUCACAUAGAUAAUCUUGUCAAUGGUCAUAUACUAGCAGCUGAAGGGUUAUCAAGGCACAAAGAACAUAUAGCAGUAAGUUGGUUAAUCUUUACACAAAUUGAUGUUCCCUGGGUCAAUGUAGAUAGUCUUGUCAAUGGUCAUAUACUAGCAGCUGAAGGGCUAUCAAGGCACAAAGAACAUAUAGCAGUAAGUUGGUUAAUCUUUACACAAAUUGAUGUUCCCUGGGUCCAUGUAGAUAAUCUUGUCAAUGGUCAUAUACUAGCAGCUGAAGGGCUAUCAAGGCACAAAGAACAUAUAGCAGUAAGUUGGUUAAUCUUUACACAAAUUGAUGUUCCCUGGGUCCAUGUAGAUAGUCUUGUCAAUGGUCAUAUACUAGCAGCUGAAGGGCUAUCAAGGCACAAAGAACAUAUAGCAGUAAGUUGGUUAAUCUUUACACACAUUGAUGUUCACUGGGUCCAUGUAGAUAAUCUUGUCAAUGGUCAUAUACUAGCAGCUGAAGGGCUAUCAAGGCACAAAGAACAUAUAGCAGUAAGUUGGUUAAUCUUUACACAAAUUGAUGUUCACUGGGUCCAUGUAGAUAGUCUUGUCAAUGGUCAUAUACUAGCAGCUGAAGGGCUAUCAAGGCACAAAGAACAUAUAGCAGUAAGUUGGUUAAUCUUUACACACAUUGAUGUUCACUGGGUCCAUGUAGAUAGUCUUGUCAAUGGUGAUAUACUAGCAGCUGAAGGGCUAUCAAGGCACAAAGAACAUAUAGCAGUAAGUUGGUUAAUCUUUACACACAUUGAUGUUCACUGGGUCCAUGUAGAUAGUCUUGUCAAUGGUGAUAUACUAGCAGCUGAAGGGCUAUCAAGGCACAAAGAACAUAUAGCAGUAAGUUGGUUAAUCUUUACACAAAUUGAUGUUCCCUGGGUCCAUGUAGAUAGUCUUGUCAAUGGUCAUAUACUAGCAGCUGAAGGGUUAUCAAGGCACAAAGAACAUAUAGCAGUAAGUUGGUUAAUCUUUACACAAAUUGAUGUUCCCUGGGUCCAUGUAGAUAGUCUUGUCAAUGGUCAUAUACUAGCAGCUGAAGGGUUAUCAAGGCACAAAGAACAUAUAGCAGUAAGUUGGUUAAUCUUUACACAAAUUGAUGUUCCCUGGGUCCAUGUAGAUAGUCUUGUCAAUGGUCAUAUACUAGCAGCUGAAGGGUUAUCAAGGCACAAAGAACAUAUAGCAGUAAGUUGGUUAAUCUUUACACAAAUUGAUGUUCCCUGGGUCCAUGUAGAUAGUCUUGUCAAUGGUCAUAUACUAGCAGCUGAAGGGUUAUCAAGGCACAAAGAACAUAUAGCAGUAAGUUGGUUAAUCUUUACACAAAUUGAUGUUCCCUGGGUCCAUGUAGAUAAUCUUGUCAAUGGUCAUAUACUAGCAGCUGAAGGGCUAUCAAGGCACAAAGAACAUAUAGCAGUAAGUUGGUUAAUCUUUACCCAUAUCGAUGUUCCCUGGGUCCAUGUAGAUAAUCUUGUCAAUGGUCAUAUACUAGCAGCUGAAGGGCUAUCAAGGCACAAAGAACAUAUAGCAGUAAGUUGGUUAAUCUUUACACAAAUUGAUGUUCCCUGGGUCCAUGUAGAUAGUCUUGUCAAUGUUCAUAUACUAGCAGCUGAAGGGCUUUCAAGGCACAAAGAACAUAUAGCAGCCGGUCAGGUAUACUUCAUUGCUGACAAGGCUCCAGUAAACCAAUUUGAGUUCCUCCGUCCGCUUAUAACGGGUCUAGGUUAUCAUUAUCCAUCUCUUGUUGUACCAGUGUGGUUCAUGUAUAUCAUUGCUUUUUUGACUGAAUGGUUACACACAAUCUUAAAGCCAGUCAUCGAUUUUCAGCCAUUGAUGACGAGAACAGAGCUGUUCCAGGUUGCAGUCACUCAUCAUUUCAGCAUUGAGAAGGCCAGGAAACAGCUUGGUUACGAGCCAGUAGAACGAGAUCUCACCGACAUGGUCCAGUACUUCCUGGAACGUGGCCAUCGGAAGAAGUCUUCAUCGAUUGGAACAUUCCUUGUGACUUUACUUCUUGGGGUUCUAUUUGUAAUGCUCUUGAUGUCUUUGCUACCUCUUGUAGGGUAAUGUUCCAAGAGGAGGAUAUACAUUGGGAGGUAUUUUGAUAAUUAAACCUAGGUUUAACCCUGGUCUAAACAAGAAUUUUAUACCACACUUCUAUGGAAUGCUGGGCUUCUUACUAUUUCUUCCAUUUUCGUGCCAGUUGUAUCGUAAUGUAUCAAUUAAUCAAUUAAAAUUCAUAUUUUUGUAUUUUUAUAUUCUUCCCAUUCCAUGACUUGAUUAAUUUUGACAACUAUUUGCAGCAGGAUAAGCAUAAUUUUCAAUUGGUCAUUUGGUGAACAAGUUGAAAACUGUCACUCCAUAUAAGUGUGGUCUAAUUCAAUCCAGGUUUACUAUCAGAAUACCAGCCCAUUGAGUGAUUGUGGCCCGAAUUCACAAAGGUGGUUUUAAAAACCCACGGUUGAAUCCAUGGUUUAUGCAGAUUUCCUGUAUAAAUUACGCUUAAUUUAGUGCAUAUUGGACGCAUGUAUAAAAAAUGUCCAAUGCUAAUGUGCGCUUUUGUCACAGAGUGCCAAAUUGAUGGCUGUUACCAUGGUUAGAUAUGCUAUUUUAUUAAUGAGUCCACCGUUUGAAGAGUGGACUCAUUCAAUAAAAACAGAGGACUCAUUAAUAAAAUAGCGUAUCUAACCAUGGUAACAGGCAUCAAUUUGGCGCACUGACAAAAGAGCGCAUCAGAAUUUGACAUUUUUUAUACAUGCGCCCGAUACGUGCUAAAUUAAGCGUAAUUUAUACAGGAAAUCUGCAUGAACCGUGGAUUCAACCGUGGGUUUUCAAAACCACCUUUGUGAAUUUGGGCCUUUAAGUUUGCUGUUAGCAUUUUGGUUUUGGUAUUGGGCCGAUUAUUACAUCAGUAUAGCAUAAACCUUUAAAUGAAGUUGGUCCUUGGAUGAAGCUCGCUCUGUGUUGAGCUCUAUCAAUAAUGUGAUUUGAAUCAUUUGUAAAUGCAAAAUACGUAUUGGAGCUUGGGAAGUUGAUUCUAACUCUGCUUUCAACAACAAAGCCAGCAACAGCACCAAACUUGAAACCCCCACUUAGUGCUUUAUAAGGGGAAUUUGCACUUCCUGAUAUACUGAAUUUGAUUGAUACUGAUCAAUACUUUAUAGUUGCAAAUUUGACAGGUUUAAUACCAAUCUGUAUGCUAGGUCAUUUGUGCUAUAUGCUUGAACUAUUGUAAUUGCUAUAGUAAAAUACUAGAUUAUCUUGGACAGAGCAGGAUUUUGUGUUGUCUUCCCCCUUUUUGUUUUUCAUUGUUAUCGAUGAGGCGAAAUGGGGUUCAUUUGUUAGCUAGCUCUCCAAUUUUGUCAUGCCAGUGCAAUGAAUUCAAUGCAAAACUAAUUUAAUGAGAGGUUUCACUUCAUCUUAGACAAAAAUGUGGUUAAGUCAUGCAUUAAUUGCCAAAGAAUCACAAUGAAUGACAGGUCACCAAAGCAGGUGGUUGUAUAUCAAGAAGUGCAAGUUUAACCCCAGCUAAACGGGUAUCACUCUAUUUAUUUAAAAAUUAUAUCAAUUUUUUUAAGUGAAAAUUUUUAUAUAUUUUAAGAUUUUCUUGUCAAAUCUAUAUGAUUGAUUAAUUUAUGUUUACCUUAAACAUUAUCAACUUCUAAAUCAGGUAGAACAUUUGAAUUUUGGGGCCAUAUUCUAAACUCCAGUGUGGUUGAACUGUGGAUUGCUAUGUGUAAUCAAAAUCUCAAUCACCAAAUUAUUCGUCAUCACAUUUGGUUUUGUUACAAAUCGUCUUAAAAUUGUAAAUACAAUUAUUUUCUUCCACAUUAAACAUUGAAAGGAUCUCAGUAAAUACAAGAAGCAUGCAGUUUUAACAAUUCUUUUAAUUCUUGGGCUCCUCAUGAUUUUAGCCCAGACAUAGACCAUGCUUGAAGUUAAAUUGUACUUCAGAAUACAGGCCUUGGCAUCUUUGUUAUUUAUGUUACAUGUACUUUCAGAUGGAUGAUAUUCCAGUAUGAUGAUAUACACGCUAACAAAACAUUCAAAUUCCUCCCAAGCAAUCCUGAAUUUGAAUCUACAUCAAUGAAUUGAGUAGAAUAAAUAAGCAGUUGUCUCACGAUGUAUCAAAUGUAUAUAUAUAUAUAUAUAUAUAUAUAUAUAGCGCCGGCGCUAUAUACAGUAGGGGAAGGCGGGGUAAGUUGAGCAUAGGGGCAAGUUGAGCCACCACCCCUAGGCUAAUAAUGAAUGAGUCAGACAUUGUGGUGGUGUUAUUUAUUGAUGACCCAUUGCAUAACCCUUAACCCCACCACAUUGUUUUCAAUUUUGAAACAAAAAGUACCUUUUUAGAGGGAAAAAUACAAAUUUCAGCCAAAAAAGUGAAAAAGGGUGUGAAAUAGAUAAGUGCUUUUUACCCACACACGUCUUUAAAUAUAUUAUAGAAAUAAGAAUAAUAUUGUUAGUCCAGGUAUGGAUUCUCACUCUUGUCAUAGUCUUUUACAUGAUGGAUGCAUAAGAAAUGUGUGGAUGUGAAAAUAUCGCAAAAAGUUUGGACGGGGCUAAUUUAAGCCAACCAACAUGGGGCAAGUUGAGCCAUGGUAAUUCUUAUGGUAAUAUAUAAUAAAAAAUUUAAAAAACAUAAAAAGCCAUUGAUAUGCAGGCAGAAAGGAGCAAAUUCACAUGACAGUUCUUUUACUUUUAGAAGAUGUUAGUAUUUAUAGAGAAUUAGCAAGUGAAAAGACUUUAAAUGAAAAAUUGACAUCCUGGUUCUCCCGCAUACAUUUUGUACAUAGUUUUUGUGGCUCAACUUACCCCAGACGGUGGCACAACUUACCCCACAGAUGGGGCAAGUUGAGCCAUUUGACAUCAUUUCUUUCAAAGGUCACAACGACUUUCAGUGUGGGGGUAAAAAGUUAUAUAUAGGUGAAAAAUAUUUCCCAAGAAUCAAAUUUAAAGGCAAGGUACUUAUUUCUACAAUAUUACUAGUCAUAUCAAUUCUGAAAUGCAAAAUGCAGAAAGUGUCACAACUUACCCCGCCUUCCCCUAUAUAUAUCCGUGCGCAGCAGUGUCUUUGCUCAUUGCCUGAUGAAGUCGAGCAGCUUGCAGACGAAACGUCGCUUUCGAACUAUGUUUGAUACAUCGUGAGACAACUGGUUAUUUCUUCUACUCAAUCCUUCACCGCGAUAAACCUCUUCCACAUCAUACAUCAAUGGAAUUUGAAAAAAAAAUUGUGAACAUAUUAACUAUUAGAAUAGAAUUUAUUACUCAACUCAUUCUAAGACCCUAAUCAAAUAAGUCUAAUGUUGGUUGUGUGUGCUGUGAAAAGCCUGCAUUUUCUUGUGCUUUCUAUGUAUAUACAUGUACAUCAUUCAUGAACUAGUAACUUAGUAGAAUUAAAACAUCCUGGCUCAUUUUC